UGUUGGUCGUAUAUAGUCGGCCGUCCCAGGACCGUAUCUAUCGACGCCGUCGAUCUCUACAAAGGAUUAAUCCCCUCCGCUUCUUCGUGGAUCCAUCUCUCUUUCUUUUCUUUUUUUUGUCCUUUCUUUCUCUUUUCUCGUUUUUUUUUUUUUACUUUUUUUCAACGAUUCUUUAAUAGAUAAAAAUUUCGAAGACGCUCUCGCGAGAAAAAUUGUCUUCGCGUUGGGGAUUGAUUCAAGAUUUUUCACGUCGACUUUGGCAUCGCUUCUUCUUCUUUUUUUUUCUUUUUGUAUUCUUUAUCUUUUUUUUUUUCUUUUUCCGAUUAAUUUUUCUGUCUUUUUUUUUUUCUGUGUGUUUUCUUUUUCGUUUCUUUUUAUUCGAAAUAAUCAAUAACGGACUUUAAUAAAUACAAGAGACUCGGGCGUCGAACGCUCGGGAUUAAAUAAUGCACUUCCUUUUACAGAAAAUACUGAAAGGUAUAUAAACAAUCGGGGAAUAUUCAAUAUUAAUUAUACAGUUAAUUUACGAGGCGUGAAUAGAGCUCGCCCAUCCGCUUAAACGAAAUCUCCCAUUCGAACGCGGACAAUAUGUGCCCGGUCGACGUGUACAAUAGAGUUUUAUAUGUAAUUUAUUAAAAGCCGAAACUCUUGUGGACGAUGGAUAAUAUCGGUGAAACGUCGACGCGAAGAAAAAUUCUUGUACGUUCGUUCGCUGUCUCGAUCACUCGAAAACACAAUAGCAGUAACAGAAAGGGAAAGUAUUUUUAAAGACGGAGUAAAAGUUUCUUUUUUUUUCGAUAGUACAACGUUACUUCGUUUCCCCGGGAUUAUCCUUAGAACGAUAUAAUAAGAGCUAUCGUCUCGUCAUCGAAGGCACGGGGCCACGAGUCUCGAAGUAUAGUCAUUAGAAUUUUACUACCUUGGCCGAUGAUAACGGGAGCCCUUUCCGUGGACGGACGUUUCAUUCACAAAGAACGUUGAUCGAUUCACGCGAUAGAAGAUAAUACUUUGUGUAUACGUACGCGCGCACGUGUCCUACCUAUCGUUUAAAAAGUACAUCGAGAUACAUUUAUCUCGAAGUACGAAACUGUGGCAACGAUAAGAGAAGAAGAAGAAGAAGAAGAAGAAGAAGAAGAAGACAAAAAGAAAAAAAGAAAAAAAAAAAAGAAGGAAAGUUAAUGGAAGUUACGACGAGUGCGUGUUCCACGAGACGAAAUAAGUUUUUUUUUUUUUUUUGUAAGAUAUAGGAGCGAGAGUGAUCGCUCGUAGAUCUCGAUCUCGAUCGCGAUUUGAUACGCAAAAGAGACAGGGAAGAACGUUGGGAUACCCACUUGAUAUAUAAAAGGUGGAAACGUUAACUGGAAUCGACGAGCGGAGAUACGGGGCACGCACGUUCGAUAGAUCCGAUACUGCGGUCCGUAGCGAAGUGCAGGUGGGCCGAGCUACGGCGGAAACGAACGAAGUCGUACUCGGGGGAAAACCGAGCGGCGGCACUCGGCCGAGGACUGUUUUGUCAGAGUACCUCAGUAAUGCUUUGCAUGGCCAGCUAGCCGCAACUCGGCUCUUGUCGCUGAGUCUCGCGUCGUAUUUAUCGUUCACUCGGUGUGACAUCGUGUUGUGUGAUAUGUAUUACUACGAUACGAAGGGACGUGAGUAGCGAGAAAGUAGAGGACCUUAUAUAUAUAUAUAUAUAUAUAGAAUUUUCUUAACGCUACGCACUGUGUGUGACGCGACAUAUAUUUCGGGCGUGGAUCAAAUUUCGUUUCGGACGAGCGCUCGAACUCGAGUGUCCGUUCGUCGAAGGAAGGAAGGAAGGAAGAAAAAAGAAAGAAAGAAAGAAAGAAAGAAAGGAAGGAAGGAAGAAAAGAAGUAAGAAAAAAAGAUCUUGUGUUAAACGGAGUUAGAAAGAGAAAUAGAUAGAAAAAGAUAGAUAGAGACAGAAAGACAGAGAGAGAGAGAGAGAGAGACAGUGGGACAUCUUGCGCGAUACGUUGCUGCGUGUGAGAAAAUAAGGAUAGAAAGAAGAGAAGAGAAGCCGGAUCGUGGACGGCAGCGACGCUCGCUGCGGCCCUGGUGGAAUCUCGAUUCCACCCCAAACGUGUUUCCUCACUUGAGAACCGAGCUACCAUCCGAGACAAACUGUGUAUGGUGCACGAGCGAAUCAAGAUGCUGUCGUCGGUGCCAGCGAAAUAAUAAUGUGGUGCGACGUUGGUCAGUCUAAGAACCUACCACCAGCGACACUUCUCCGUUGAUGCGUAAAAACUAAAAAAGAAGAAUCAAAGCACGCCGUGAGUCGUGAUAACGGUACGUACGUACACGUACGUGUAAUCGACGACGAUGACGACGACGACGAGGACGAGGACGAGGAAGACCACGGCAACGACGAUGGCAACGACGACGACGACGACGACGACGACGACGACGACGACGGCAGCGGCGGUCGUCGUAUCGUUGAAAGCAAAGAAGAAAAGAGUUGUGCAAUGAUGGGUCUGCAGGCCAC